GUAAAGUUUACCACACCUCAAAUAUACAUUCUUUGAGGGUCUUAAUUACAAAUGUAUCUGUGAGACCCAGCGUUUAUUCAGGACCUGGCGUUAAAUCGAAGAAAAAAUACCGUGUAUGUUCUUUGUUCCAGCACCAGACUCUGAGAACGAAUGAACAUUUCCCGCCAUUUUAAAGCUUUUGUGAUGUAACAUUGCGUGGUUGUAAAGCUAUUGCCCUGAGAUCGAUUUUAUUCUUCACCUGAUCGAAUCUCGUGCGGGGCACGUGACUUAGCGAGAACCAGUGAAAUAGUGUUGGUUUGUAUUAGUUUCUUAUGAAAAUGAACGUACAGUAUUCCAGUUACGUACGGUAGACAAAGGAACUACAUUUUAUUUUGUUUUCGUUAGUUUUAUCGCAACAUGUCCGUCUUAGAGAAGAGCCACUGAUGCGCUGAACGAGAAACAACUCGUGGUCUCUGCGUUUAGGCGUUAACGUUAUACAGUAUACAGACCGGUGGCGGAUCCAGACCUUCAGCUAAGAGGGGGGUUGGGGGCGGAGGGGGUAGGCGGUUUUGUUUUGUUUUUUGUUUGUUUGUUUUUUGCGUGCCCUGCCGGCUUUUCUUCCUUCCUUCUUUUUUCUUUUUUUACCCAAAAUAGGAGGGGGUGGGGGAGGGGGAGGGGCGGUCCCCGGGCCCCUCCUCUAGAUCCGCCACUACAGACGAGACAGCAGAUGAUUUGGUUCAGCGGCGGUUUUCGCACUACUAACGCCAAACUGAGAUUAUUUCAGGAGGUUCUCAGUAGAACACCACGUCAGUUUUCCGUGGUUAAGUUGAAUAAGGCGCUUUGCGUUUAUGAAAGCCAGUGUGGAGUCAGGCAGUGUAGUUUACAGACUUAGAUAGUGAUAGCCAAGCUGCAAGCAAGCAUGUCUUCCAAGGAGAAAGAUGUAUCUAAAUUGCGACUUGUUUUGGUGCAAGAUGAUAGUUAUGCUAACCCGGGAGAUUACUCUCGCACUGACGUCAAAGUUCGAGAUAAGAACAUUUGGGUCUGUGAAAGCAACUCUCGACUGAUGUUCUAUGCAGGCGGAAGCUGGGUCAUUACUGCUACUCAGUACAUGCAAGAAGUUCUCGAUGGAAGUACUGGAGGGUUUGUAUCCUCAAAAGAUGCUGACUUCCCUUACGAAGCCGACUGGGGCCCAAACUAUAACGUCAGCGAAGUGUACCUAUCAGCAGAAGGUAGAUGGGUGCCUGCACCGGAGAUGCCUGAUAGGUAUAGGUCUCCCUCUGUGCAUAUUUGGUGGUCAGCCCCUGCUAAUUCUGAAGUACAGCGGGAGGGGAUUACCUGGUUUUACAACGAGAUCGCAGUGACGGAGACAGCAACUAGUACUUACUACAUGACUAAUGGUUUCACCGGAGGCUAUAUGGGCAUUCAAGAUCGCUACCCUAAGUGGGUUCUCUUUUCAAUAUGGGACAAGACGUCGACGGACGACAAUCCAAAUGCAUCGCCCGAUGACUUGGUGAAAGUACUUGCUAAAGGUGAAGGAGUGACAGUUCAACGCUUUGGUGGCGAAGGUACAGGAGGCCAAAGUUACUUUGCCUACGACUGGAAGGUGGGUCACAAGUACCAACUCAUGGUCAACGUCCAACCGGACGCCCAAGAAAGCGACAAGGCCGUCUUUACCGGAUGGUUCCGCAUCCCAGAGCUGAAUGUCUGGCGAUUGUUGGCCUCGUUCCAGGUACGUCCGAAGGCAGCGAGUAAAAAGCUGGAAGGUAUUUACUCUUUUCUCGAGGAUUGGAGCGGAAAUGGGCAUCGACGCCAAGGCUUGUGGGGCCCGGCUUGGAUUAAAACUGAUGGUGGUCCUUGGGUACAAGCAACGCGGGGAAGUGGCUCAACCACAGAGCCAGAUGCAAACAACAGGAACGUCUUCUUGUCUCCAGAUUGCAGGCAACUUGGAAUGACCACUGGUGGACCAGCACUGGCCGAUACGUCCCUCGGCCCGUAUACGUGCGGUGCAUCUAGCAUUCCAUCGGUGCUGACCUUGAAUCCUCUGCCCGAUGGUGAUGGAGCGCCUGCGCGUGAGUGAUCAUGCGCUUACGAGCAUAAUCUACAACUUAAGGAGUACUGAAAGUGA